GCUAUUUACAAUACAUACAGGAUUUGGAACUAGUAAAAAUUCUUAUCAGUCGAGAUUUUAUUGUAAAUCUAGAUACAUAAAUUCAAGGAAUUACAUUUUAAGGCAUAAAUAGCUUUUGUAUUUUAGUUUGUGAAUAUACCAUUUAGACGAUAACUUAAUGUCAAUAAGAAUGGCCGCAUCAGCACCUUUAAUUAUGAGAAUUAUGGCAAGUAGCUUGUCGAUUGCCGAAAAAGCCGGUGAAGUAAUACGUGACAUAAUGUCCACGGGAGAUUUAAACGUUGUAGAUAAAGGCCAAAAGAAUUUUGAUCCUCAAACAGAAGCAGAUCGGAAGUGUCAGCAGAUAAUUAUUGGAUCGUUGUCAAAGCAAUAUAAAGAUCUGAAGAUUAUCGGCGAAGAAGGAGCUGAAGAUUUGUCUAAAAUACCACAAGAGUUAAUUGUAGAUAAAAUUGACUCGCAGUUCCUUGAGCAGUAUAAAUGUCCAGAAUCUUUUAAAGAUAUUUCUGAAAAUGAUUUAGUAGUUUGGGUUGAUCCAUUAGAUGGAACUGGUGAAUAUGUUGCUGGGUUUGUCGAGAAUGUUACUGUAUUAAUUGGCAUUGCUUUUCGAGACACAUCAAUUGCUGGCAUUAUUCAUCAGCCAUUCUUUAAAUGUGCUACAACUAAUAAAAUGGGUAGGACAAUUUGGGGAUUAAAGGAACUGGGUACAAGUGGAUAUAACAAGAAAUCUCCACCAGAAAAUAAGUUGAUCUUGACAACUACAAGAUCUCAUUCCAAUGAAAUCGUAAAUGCUACAAUUGAAGCAAUUAAGGCUGACGAAGUUCUCAAAGUUGGAGGAUGUGGAUUUAAAGUGUUGCAGUUGCUCGAAGGUAAAGCACAUUGCUAUGUGUUUGCAUCUCCUGGUUGUAAAAAGUGGGAUACAUGCUCACCAGAAGCAAUUCUCGAAGCUGAUGGAGGAAUUUUAACUGAUAUUUUGGGAAAACAUUAUAACUAUGGACCAAAUGUCGAAUAUCCAAAUAGAACAGGCGUGUUGGCAACGGCAAAAGGUAUCGAUCAUGAAAGUCUUCUUGAAAGAAUUCCUAUAGCUACUAAGGAGUCCUUGAUUAAAAAGAAAUAAGAAUAAGUUUCCAUUCCUUAUAAGUUAAAGAACGAUCGUUAAAUUGGAUAAGACAGGCUGGCUCUAAUUAAUUAAUCUAGAUGAUAUGUUGGUGGUGAUUGGAUGAUUUUAAUAAUAAUUUUAAGUGAAGGAAGGUAUGCGAAAUAAGUUAUCAAAUAAAGAACUUAUCAAAUAUGGGUAUUUUUUUAUUACAAUUUAACUUAGCUAUCUUAAAAAAUCGCGAGACCGAAUGUCAUAGACAUUUAUCGCUUGUAUAAGUUGCUUUAUCUCCCAAUAUACUCGUUGACGUCAUGAAGAUUUGGCGCUUUCAAAUAAAGCUUUUUUAAAAAUGAAAAACUGAUAAUUUGUGUUCAUUUGCUUGACAAACUUUGUGAAAAAAAUAAAGGAAAUGAAUAGAGGCAGAGAAAAAAGUUUUUUUGAAUAU